CCUAAGGGGUUCGAGUCUCAGGUUGACAGUGAGAAGGUCUACAAGUUGAAAAAGGCUUUGUAUGGAUUAAGACAAGCUCCUAGGGCCUGGUAUAGCAGGAUCGAGAGUUACUUUAUAAAGGAAGGCUUUGAGAAAUGUUAUUGCGAACACACAUUGUUCGUAAAAACAGAAGAAGGGAACUCGUUGAUCCUGAGCUUGUACGUAGACGACCUCAUUUACACUAGUAACUCGGAAAGCAUGCUGGAGAGCUUCAAAACUUCAAUGCAAGAAGAGUUCUCAAUGACUGAUCUAGGAAAGAUGAAGUACUUUCUAGGCGUGGAGGUUGUGCAGGACGAGGUUGGGAUCUUUAUUGGCCAAAAGAAGUAUGCACUGGAGACUUUAAAGAAGUAUGGAAUGAAAGACUGCAACUCUGUGAAGAAUCCAAUGGUUCCAGGGAACAAACUGACCAAGACAGGAGCUGGAGAAGAAGUUGAUCCAACCGCUUACAAGCAACUCGUGGGAAGCUUGAGGUACUUAACAGCUACUCGACCUGAUCUGAUAUACUCUGUGAAUGUGGUUAGUAGAUACAUGGAGAAUCCAAAUGAAGGGCACAUGAUGGCUGUUAAGCGUAUUUUGAGGUAUGUGCAAGGAACUGCAAGCUAUGGUAUUCAGUACUUGCGUGGUGGAGAAGAAAAGCUUGUAGGGUAUGUGGACAGUGAUUAUGCAGGCGAUGAGGAUGACAGAAAGAGUACAUCAGGCUACACUUUCAUGUUUGGAGGAGGAGCUGUGUCCUGGAGCUCAAAGAAACAACCAAUUGUCACACUCUCUACCACGGAAGCAGAGUAUGUUGCUGCAGCAAUUGGAGCUUGUUAA